AAAUCCAACAACAACAAAAAUAUCAAACAUUAAGCGAGGCUCAACGAACAGCAAAGAAACAGAAGCCAACAACAGCUGCGUUUGAGUGCCAAUUGAUAGAAAGUGACGGCAUCACCAUUGCUCCAAUAAGUACCAUGAACGGCCAGGGCUGUGAGCUGAACCACAGCAAUGGCGACAUCAUCUCACAGAACCAACAGAAGGGCUGGUGGACCAUCGGGCUGAUCAACGGCCAGCACAAGUAUAUGACGGCCGAAACGUUCGGAUUCAAGCUCAACGCGAAUGGCGCCAGUCUCAAGAAGAAGCAGCUCUGGACACUGGAGCCAUCCAACACCGGUGAAAGUAUUAUCUAUUUACGAUCUCAUCUGAACAAAUAUCUAUCGGUCGAUCAGUUUGGCAACGUGCUCUGCGAGACGGACGAACGGGAUGCGGGCAGCCGUUUCCAGAUCAGCAUCAGUGAGGAUGGCAGCGGUCGCUGGGCGCUUAAGAAUGAGUCGCGCGGCUAUUUCUUGGGCGGCACACCCGACAAACUCGAUUGUACGGCCAAAACGCCAGCCGCCGGUGAAUUUUGGACGGUACAUUUGGCUGCCCGGCCCCAAGUGAAUUUACGUUCGAUUGGACGAAAGCGAUUCGCACAUUUGUCUGAAUCUCAGGAUGAGAUUCAUGUGGAUGCCAAUAUACCCUGGGGCGAGGAUACGCUCUUCACUCUCGAGUUUCGUGCCGACGAGGGCGGACGCUAUGCCCUCCAUACGUGCAAUAACAAAUAUCUGAAUGCAAAUGGUAAGCUGCAGGUGGUGUGCAACGAGGAUUGUCUCUUCAGUGCCGAAUACCAUGGCGGCCAUUUGGCAUUGCGGGAUCGUCAGGGUCAAUAUCUGUCGCCGAUCGGUUCGAAGGCUGUGUUAAAGUCACGCUCGUCGACGGUGACACGUGAUGAGCUGUUCUCGCUGGAGGAUUCAUUGCCGCAGGCAUCGUUCAUUGCCGGUCUCAAUUUGCGUUAUGUGAGCGUUAAGCAGGGCGUCGAUGUGACCGCCAAUCAGGACGAGGUCGCUGAGAAUGAAACUUUCCAGCUGGAAUAUGAUUGGUCGGCGCAUCGUUGGGCAUUGCGCACCACACAGGAUCGCUAUUGGUGCCUGUCAGCGGGCGGCGGCAUUCAGGCCACCGGCAAUCGUCGCUGUGCCGAUGCUUUAUUCGAGCUAAUCUGGCAUGGCGACGGCUCCUUGUCGUUCCGGGCCAACAAUGGCAAAUUCUUGGCCACCAAGCGUUCGGGCCAUUUGUUUGCCACCUCCGAGUCCAUCGAGGAGAUAACCAAGUUCUAUUUCUAUUUGAUCAAUCGACCUAUUCUAGUGCUGAAGUGCGAGCAGGGCUUUGUCGGCUAUCGCACGCCUGGCAACCUUAAGCUGGAGUGCAACAAGGCCACGUAUGAGACCAUCCUGGUGGAGCGCGCCCAAAAGGGACUCGUCCAUUUGAAGGCACACAGUGGCAAAUAUUGGCGCAUCGAUGGCGAAAGCAUCUCCGUCGACUCGGAUGCGCCCACCGAUGGUUUCUUCUUGGAGUUGCGUGAGCCAACAAGGAUUUGCAUAAGAUCGCAGCAGGGAAAAUAUUUGGGCGCUACCAAGAAUGGUGCCUUUAAGCUACUGGACGAUGGCACCGAUUCGGCCACCCAAUGGGAAUUCUAAGUUCCAAGCAUCCUUCCAAUCUCCAAACUCCAAUCCUCAAUGAUGCAAGAAGCACGUGUUUAGCAACAAUAACUACACCAACAACAACAACAACAAGAACAAGAACACGUAUCAAUUUCCAGAGUUUUAAUAGCGUGUAGACUAUGUCAGAAAAGAAGAAGCAAUUUUUUGAAUGAGAAGAAAACAACCAAUCAAAUAUAAGGAAAAAACAUGAAAAGAUCCUAAAGAAAAUCGCACAAAAAAAGGUGUAUCCUACAUGCAAAUUAAA